AUGCUCCAUGACAACUUCCCGACCAAUAUCUUUUCAAUCUCGGAGCUCUCCACGUUUGGAUACACGCGCUAUUCAUACACUUGUUCCACGCGGCAGUUUGCCCGACAACUGAACGCCGGUACUAGGUCAAAGACGGCGUCGAGAUCGCGUACAGCAUCAUCGCACCACAACUCCAACAGCCACCAGCAGCAUCACGACAAUAGUCACAGCGUAGAAGGAACCCAUGAUCAUCAGGAAUCAGAUCCGCUUUUGGCUGCCUACAUCAGUCUGCUGACAGCAAGGGUACCGUGUCACUGGCGAUACUCGGAUCAGAACAUUGAAAACGCAGCAGGAACACAAAAGAAACGAUCGGCCGUCCUAGAACGGGAACUUUGGGUGUUCUGGCUGAACGACCAGUCGCUGUUACAGGAUCAUGGAUUGGAGAGGCUGAAGGAAUGCCAAUCAGGAAUCAUGACAUGGGAUUCAAUCCUGCAGAACAAUACGCCAGCGUUCGCGAGCCCGUCGCAGACGCCGCGGCCGAACAACUCGUCCGCCUCAGCAUCAUCUCCGGAUCUAUUCAACGCGAGCCAGGAAUAUGAGAUCUUUAUUUGCGGACUUCGAAACGUCCUGGAUCGUGGGAUGGUCGCGAAAGGAGGAUAUCGGCUAGGCAACUCAUAUGUCUUUCCAGCCUCGCUUCAACCAAAACUGGAUGGAUCGAUACUCCCCAAUUUCCCAGAGAUGCCAUCAGUAACCAUGCUGUCAUGCACCGUGACAAUGUACUUGUCCUCAAGCAACCUCAUCUUUCAGCCAACUUUUCAGUAUCAUCGUCUUCGAAUGUUGGACGCAACCGACUUGGAUCCACGACAGUCAUCAGAACCAGAGCUACCAGUGAUAUUAAGUCCGCAUGGCACGCCUGCUGUGUUAAAAUUGGGCGAGAUGACAGAGUUUACGGACGAGCAGACGCAAAAAUGCCUCCAAGGAUGGGCAAACCUCUUUGGAACAAAUCAGGACCGUAUCGAUCGGAUGUCGCUGUCUCUGCCACGUCUCGCGGCUGUCAGUAUAGCAUCCGGACAAAGCGAGGUAGUGCUCCAGUACCCUGUUGAGCGGGUGUUUGUGCCUGUGUCCUGCAAGAAUUCGCCUAGUGAUGUUGGCUCGUUAGAUGGCAUCGGAUCGAGGAGCUGCGGUUUCAUUGAGGAUCUGGGUGCAAAGUUCGCGCUGUGGUCGUGGCAAGAAAAGACGAGGAAUGCCAUAACAUCGCCUGCAGUCCCUAAACUUGUUCAGCCAGUAUCGGAACACACGCCUGUCCUGAUAGAGCCGAGGAACAGAUUGAAGGCCGGCUCCUUGGCCUGGCGACAGCAAGACAAUCAAAUUCAGCAGCAGCAGCAGCAACAACAGCAACAACAGCAACAGCAGCAACAACAGCAGACUCAUUUUUUACUACAGCAGCAAGAUGCCCUUUCAAAGCGUGCUUCCAGCGAUACGAACAAGAUUGACUAUUGGUCCUACAUGGAUCCACACGCCUACCUUACCUCGAUCGUGCUCAAUUCGUGUGCCAACGCGGAGCCAAAGGCUGCAGACUCACCUUCUGCAACAGACAGUCAGAUGUCCGUGGUAACGCCUUCGAUAUCCAACAAGUCGUCGAAAUUAAAGACGGGGUUGAACUCCAAAGCAGGCGUAUCAACUGAGGCGGAUGGCUGGAUACGGAAAAAACCAAAGAAGACUACGACAGCUUCACCCAAAUUCAAUAAUCUCAGUUCAGUGGACGCAACGGACUCUAAUCAGGGUUUGUGGAGUAAUGAACUUGGCGCAGGGUCGAUGCAGGCAUCAGAUAUUGAGUCCAGUAUAAACAACACCGCCCAAUUUAAUAGUAACGGAAAUAAUAACAACGGCACUACCAGCAGCGCCCCUGACGACACCAGCAAGGACUUAAAAAGUGAUUCUAUACCAGAGACCCAGAGUACACAUGCAGCUGCUGGCAACACUUCGUAUCAAUUACCAAUUGACCUUCCGACAGACAAUUCUGACAUGAUGUCUGGACUCAUGGACAUGAACUCAAUGAUGGGGCUAUAUGGAGGAGGCUCUGAUGACCUUGGUGACUGGGGUGAAGUUACUAAGGACGAUUUCAGUUUCUUUGACGAGCAACCACAACCUCCCCCUCGUUCGCUACCUAUGCCUACAGCUGCAUUUACCACCCAGCCGACACAAAGCAGUAUACCAAUGACAUCCGCAGAAACGGUAGUGGUCUCGGGAACAUCUUCAGUUAUUGCCUCGACAAACGGGUUGAUGAACGCAUUCACGGACAUUUCACAGAUGAUGACAACUGCAAGCCCGCUGAAUGACGACAGUCUCUUUGCCAAUAUGGAUCUCGACCUUUCAGGAUUCGCUCAGCCGACACCACCUGCAAGUACCAUCUUAUCCUUGGGGACAUCGGACAAGUUGACGGUCGCACAACCCGGGAGUAUUGGCGCAUCGCCAUCUGCAGACCAGUUCAUCGCCAAUCAACUUUCCCAUGACAUUGGUAUGCUGACCCCGACACCCCAAGGAAACGUAUUUGACAGAGAGUCGAGCAGUCAUCCCCAGCAACAGCAAUUAUCAGUGCAACUUCAACUGGCCAUGGCAGAGCAGUCCCUGGUGAAGCGCCCUUCGAUUCUCGUCGAGCGCGUUCAUUCACCCAUGCAAAGCUAUAUACCCUCAUCAUUUUCACCGCUUAAGAUUGUUGGUGACUACUUUGUCGAUGAUUCCAAAUACAAAGCUGGUGGCCGAUUCAUGUACAAGCGGCUCUACAAGCGCAGGAGAUCAUCUAUCCCAGUAACCUACAGUCCAUAUCGUAAAGGAACAAAGAUGCUGCCGUUUUAUCAACCUGGAAAGGACCAGGAGUGGAUUGUUCCGGCUCAAAAGGACAGGCCACGGAAACAAAAAUCCCGCAUGUUCUCGUUGGAUUUCAAAUGGAAUCCGAACAAAAGUGACGAGCCAUCGAAAGGAGGAACGCCGAGCGACAUUGCAGUUGUGAAGCAGGAAGACCAGGGAAGAUCGACUACUCCAGGAGAAAAUAAAUCGGUUAUGGCGACAACAGCCUGGGGCGUAUCCUCAUUAUCGCUACAGCAACAUCAUAAUUCGACAAUCGAGGAGGAGAGUAGUAGCGAUAGUGGCAGCGAUUCGUCAUCUACCUCAUCCGGAGGAGAUAGUGAUGAUGAAGGCUCCAGCACUGCAAGAGCCUCGUUACCAAAGUUCGGGAAGCUGACCAGGAUGUACAAUCAAAAUGUUGAAAGUUACUCCAACAAGGACUCGACAACGCCGUGGACUGUGCGAGGUGUCAACUCUGCUAAAUUUGUGGAGACAAUUUUGGCAGAGUCUUCACAAGGUGGGGUCUGUGGCGCUCUUUUAGGGCUUGAUUCCUCAACGACUAGCUUUGCAAGGAAACCUGCAUCUCCGACCAGGAUCAUGGAACUGAGCUCUGAUCGAAAAUUGACCAAGGUCUGGCCCUCAUCGGACGCUUACCACCAUGAGGCAGAAUACGAUACUCCAUUUACACCUGCCAUUUUGUCUGCUGCCCCACCUGCCCUUGUUGAAGAGCCACUGGCUAUGCAGGAAUCGCUAGCUGAGGAGUAUUUUCUGGAAGCAGUCAAGACAUUAUGUGAGCAGGCGAUCAUGGGCGACUAUCCGUUUGCUGGCUCAAACGAGGUAACUGGUAUCAGCGGUGAAAUCACCGAGGGUGAAAGCUUUCACGUUAUGCUUGCUCGUCGGAAAACAAUGAGCGAGUUUCUACAUAAAGGAGUUGCAACUGUACCAGCAUUGGGAGACGAAUCGUUCAGGAACAUGAUGGAAAUGAAGACCGUCAUAUUCGAGCUCUUUGACCGCUUACGGGGAAACCAGUCGGAAAACAAUAUUGCGCUUCCAGUACCCUCGGAUGCAUCUCAGGACAUGACAAUGAGCAUAACAACCAUCCAUGGACAUCGUCAUCACUCCAGUCAAAGCAAUAUCACACCCCCGGUUGUCAUGAAGGGGCCCUUAACACUCCAUCAAUACUUCUCACUUGCGGAAGCUCAGCAGAUGCCGUCCAAGUACGGCAAAUAUCAGGUCAAGAAGAAGAAACCAGCAGAACCUAACCUUUUGCAACUUCAGCCUCCGGACAUCGUAGUCGGCCAUAAUGAGGAAUGGCUUGAGGCUGCACCAACAAUCCUACGAUUUUGGGAGAAACUAAGUCUGGAGCCUUAUUCGAGCAAGAAGAGCAUUGCCUACUUUGUGGUUUAUCCAGAGGGCGCGGACAUGGAGAACAGUGUCAGUAAGUUUUGGAGGGACCUCGGCGUUGUCUUUGAGACGUCUUUGCUCGGGAAGCAUCAGCCAGGGUCUUUACAGGACUACAAGCCAGGACUCGUGCCGAUCCCCUUGCUGCCAGCUAUGCUAGGCGAGUCGAUGGAGGCUCGACAGGUGCGGAGCUAUCUGGAUGGCUGUCAGCGACUGGGUUCGAUUCUGGGCGGGAUCUCGACGCCGAGAGGUGUGCACACUGUCAUCUACAUGGUGAACCCAUUCUCACACGGAGCCGGCUACUUUGAUCUAUGCCGCUGCUUCUCAAUCAUGAAAACACAGUUCCGCACAGCAGCCAUGGGAUCCCUCUUGACGCCAAUGGAACAACAAAGGGAGCGACUCGUCCUGCAGAUGGUGCCGAUUCAGCAUGUGAUUUAUCCAUCGACUUUCGGAGGAUAUCUGCGCUUUGGAAUGAAGGACAUUGCCUUCACGGUGUACACGAAGUGCAAGUUGUUCCUAGAGCGACCGAUUUACUCUCGAGAAAUGAUGGCGCAGAUCAACUCGUACGCGCCAUCGUUCGCGCUGGCCAAGACAAUACCUACGUCCAUUCAUUUCGAUGUCGACCAAAAACCCAAUUCGGUUCCCAAACCAGCAGCAACUCUUCAUGUUGGCUACGGAUUUAGUCUCGAGGGGCGUUGGCUGGUCUGUGUAUGGACAGAUCAUCGAGGUGAAAUGUUGGAGCAUAUGACGUUGGACUUGGCGGAAUGCAACAACGGCGGUGCGGAUCGGUCACCUGUAAACUGCCUGAAGGAGAUCUGGACACGGACGUUGGUCUAUCAAAAACGCGGGUCGUUCGCGUGGAAGACGGUUGUGUGCAAACUCGGCUUGAUGACGCGUUUGGAACUUCAGGAAUGGACGCGUCUAACCAGCGAUACCAACCAUACGGCUAUUGUUGCGGUCGACAUUGAUUCGCCCCUGCGUAUGUAUCCACACAGUCGUGGUGCUGAAUUCCUGGUCUCAGGACUGACGCCGAAUGCAAGUGGAAUCAGCACACCGGCAGCUAUGGGAACAGGACAGACCCCUCUCGCUGGAAGCUCUUCAAUUAUCUCGACGCCUCUAUCGCAGGCCAUAGGAUCGAAUGCUUCAUCGUCGACGCCAGAUUUUACGACGACUGCGGCGACACCCAUGAGCGGUAGCCAUGCAGGAAUGAAUGCUCUUGGUACGACUGGUCUUGGGAUCGCUGGUGCGGCUGGGACAGCAGGCGGAAACAAUGGAUCACAAGCUGCGGGAUCUGGAGGAUUGGGUGGUAUUGGCGGACUCGCUAGCAGCGAAACUUUGGAGAACAGCGCAGGACAGGUGUACGCCCUAAUUCUGAACCAUCGAAUCCCGCUGAUUGUGCCACGUCAAGAGGCUGGGCUUGUAGGAACAGGCUUUGGAUUUGGCACGAGCGAUGGAAAUUCCAUGUCCAAAGAUGAGCUGAAAGUACGUCCUGAGGGUGGGCAGGAAGAUUCCAAGGAUGAUAUCAACAUGGAUGUCGGGUUCUUGUCUGGGUCGUUGACAAAUUUGGGCCAGGACCAGGACCAGGAUGUAGAUAUGGAGUUCAAGCUGAAGCAAGAGGAGUCUGAUCAGCAGCAGCAGUUGAAAAUGGAGCAGCAAACGGACACGCGGCAGACGGACACACAGCAGGGUGCGUCUUCGUGGUCGAACCGACAGGCUACAGGGAACGACGUGAUUCUUCCGCUAUCGACAGGGUACUUGAUUCAGGUGCCCAUUCAAUCCAACUCUGUGAUGCGCGAGAAGCAUUCUUUAGAAGCCCUUGCUAUCGAAGUCCAUUUGCUCUAUCUUCAGCGUACGCCGACCAUUACAGUUUCAUCUUCGGCGUCAGGAUCGACCCCAGGAACGAACGCCUCAGGCGGAAAUAUCCAACUUUCGAACAUUGGCUCGCUUUCGCCGUACCAGCAGCAGCAGCAUUCUACGGCGUACCAUUUGCAGCGACAUAGCACGGCUGUUGCUAAUCCCUCGGUUCCCGGAUCAGCGUUCAGACCAGCGUCAUUUUCGUCGCCUCAAUUCACAGGAACUUCACCCUUGAUUUCAUCACCAUCGUCAACCUUCAUGGGAGGCCAUGGCCUGAGUCAUCAAAAUCAGAACCCGAAUCAGAGCCAGAGCCAGACUCCAGGCCAGGCGCAGAGUCAGGGUCAGCAGCAGAGUGCUGGUACGGGUCCGACGAUUAAGGCAUCUGUGGCAGCCAACACAACGCGGGAGAUUCUGAAGCAGUUCCAUGCGUUGUCGUAUCUGUCGAUGUCGCCGGUGCAAACUAACUGUUUGCCGCAUCAUUUGGUCUUGGUGGAACGUUUGUCGAGAGUGUUGUUGCUGGUACAGGACUCGUCGUAG